UUUAAUUGAAGAAGAAGAAAUGGCGAUCUGACCUUAUAAUAACGGCUGAUCGUAAAGUAUCUCCCAAGAUUCAUCGGACAGAGCCCCAUUAAAGCUGCUGUAGUUGAAGCUCGCUGUUUGGGACACGUUCAUUCUUGUCCACGUGGGUACCCAUCAAGAUUUCGAGAUACGAUCAUAUCGGAGCGCCUCUCUCUUCAACCCCAUCGCUCUCUUGAUUUCUGAUUCCGGGGUUUUAGCGUUCGAGAUAAUGUCUGGUUGACUUCGGCAUCCUGUUCUUCAGUUCAAGUUGCUGUCUUUUCUGGAGUGUGAGAUGGAUUCUUUGCGUGGAUUGCAAUGCUCUGCGAGUUUUGUCCAAGAUGGUGGUGGAAGGCGAGCUAAAUCUCAGCAUCCGGUGUCUAGGAACUGUGCAUCCGGUUCGUUCUUGAAGAGCAGCAUUACUUUUCCCCUUCGAGAUUCUCUCAGGUGGACGCAUGGAGCUCACGCUGCUCGGAGUCGGUCCUCCAGGGUUGUUCGUGGCGUGUCCACAACUGAAACCAGAGAAGAGGAGAAGAAAGCGAAGAAGAUUAGAUCAAAGCCAGGACAGGAGAAGGUGCACCUGGGUGUUCGGUUGGAUCACCAAGUUGAAUUUGGGGAGAGCGUGGCAAUCAUGGGAUCCACAAGGGAAUUGGGAUCGUGGAAGAAGAAAGUGGCAAUGGACUGGACCAAGAGCGGAUGGGUAUGUGAGUUAGAACUGAAAGGAGGCGAAUCUGUUGAAUAUAAAUUCGUCAUUGUUGGGAAAGACAAGAGUGUGGCAUGGGAAUCUGGGGAUAAUCGAGUCCUCAAGCUGCCCAAAGGAGGGAGGUAUGGAAUGGUUUGCAAGUGGAAUGCGACUAAGGAGGCUGUGGAAUUGAUGCCUAUGGAUUCUGAUGAGACCGGUGAGGAGCUGUUCAAUGACGAUGGAGAUAAUGGUGCUGCAGUUAGUGAUACAGCUGCUCUUGCUGAGGUGGAGACGAGCCCUUUUGUGGAGCAAUGGCAAGGGAAGGCUGUGAGUUUUAUGCGCUCCAAUGAGCACAGGAAUAGAGAGACAGAAAUGCGAUGGGAUACUUCGAGUCUUGAAGGAUUGGCCUUAAAGCUGGUCGAAGGUGAUCGAAAUGCAAGGAACUGGUGGCGUAAGCUUGAAGUUGUUCGUGAGCUUAUAGUUGAAAGCCUUCAAGGUGGAAACCGGUUGGAGGCUCUUGUAAACUCUGCCAUCUAUUUGAAGUGGAUAAACACAGGACAAAUUCCCUGCUUUGAAGAUGGAGGUCAUCAUCGGCCAAAUAGGCAUGCAGAGAUAUCUAGACUCAUAUUCCGGGAAUUAGAGAGGAUUGGCUGCAGAAAAGACGCUUCCCCUAAGGAAGUGCUGGUGGUUCGCAAAAUUCAUCCAUGUCUACCGUCUUUCAAGGCUGAAUUUACUGCGUCUGUUCCUCUGACUCGAAUAAGAGAUAUAGCACAUCGAAAUGACAUUCCCCAUGACCUCAAGCAAGAAAUAAAGCAUACAAUACAGAACAAGCUUCACCGGAAUGCUGGUCCUGAGGAUUUAGUUGCUACUGAAGCAAUGCUUGCCAGAAUCACCAAGAACCCAGGAGAAUAUAGUGAAGCAUUUGUGGAGCAAUUCAAAAUUUUUCAUCAUGAGCUGAAGGAUUUUUUUAAUGCUGCAAGCCUUGGGGAACAACUUGAGUCCAUCAGGGAAUCAUUGGAUGAACAGGCAUUGUCAACUCUUAAGCUCUUUCUUGAAUGUAAAGAGAGAUUGGAUACGUCCAGUGAAUCCCUUGAUCUAUUGAUGCAAACCAUGCAAUCUUUGACUGCAACAAGGGAGUUGAUUGUGAAAGGUCUUGAAAGUGGUAUUCGAAAUGAUGCCCCUGACGCAGCAAUAGCAACGCGUCAAAAGUGGCGGCUUUGUGAGAUUGGCCUUGAGGAUUAUUCUUUUGUGCUCCUAAGCAGAUUCCUCAAUGCGGUUGAAGCUAGCGGAGGGACUUCUUGGUUGGCUGAGAACGUGGCACGGAACAUGAGUAUUUGGGAUACUCUCCUUGAUGCACUCAUUGUUGGCAUUCGCCAACUGGGGCAGUCAAGUUGGCAAGUGGAAGAAUGUACUGCUCUGCAGAAUGAACUUCUUGCUUGGAAGAACAGAGGCUUUUCCGAAAAGGAAGGCAGUGAAGAUGGCAAAAUGAUUUGGGCGUUGAGGCUCAAAGCCACUCUUGAUAGGUCAAAGAGGCUAACAGAAGAAUAUUCUGAAGCACUUCUUCAGAUAUUUCCUGCUAAAGUUGAGAUGCUUGGAAGGGCUUUUGGAAUUCCCGAGAAUAGUGUGAAGACAUACACAGAAGCCGAGAUCCGUGCUGGUGUGAUUUUUCAGGUUUCAAAACUUUGUACUCUGCUCUUGAAGGCUAUUAGGAGUGUAAUUGGUUCUCAAGGUUGGGAUGUUCUUGUUUCUGGAGCUGUUGUUGGAACAUUAGUUCAGGUUGAUAGAAUCAACCCUGGGUCACUGCCAUCAUCUGUAAGUGGACCAGUAAUUCUUAUGGUUAAGAGAGCUGAUGGAGAUGAAGAGGUGACAGCUUCGGGAGGUAACAUAGGAGGAGUUAUACUUCUGCAGGAGCUGCCUCACUUAUCUCAUCUUGGUGUCAGGGCCCGGCAGGAAAAGGUUGUCUUUGUGACGUGUGAAGCUGAUGAUACAAUUUCUGAUUUGCAGAAACUUGCUGGAAAGUUUGUGAGGUUGGAGGCAUCUUCAGCAGGUGUUACGUUGCAAUCAACAUCUGAGACCAGUGAGAAUGGGAAACCACAAAGAAUUUCAUCUGGAGUAUCUGAACCUCAUUCUUCACCUAUUGCCACAGCCGCUUACACCAAAAAGGAUGUUUCCCGUGGAGUUUUACCACUUGCCAAUGCAGAGGUGGAGACAUCGGGUGCAAAGGCUGCUGCUUGUGGUCUGUUAGCUUCUCUCGCGGCAGAUUCUCACAAGGUUUACAAUGACGAAGGAGUACCGGCAUCUUUCAAAGUCCCAUCUGGGGCAGUAAUACCUUUUGGUUCAAUGGAAGUGGCUUUACAACAGUGCGACUCCAUGGACACAUUUAAUUCUCUUCUUGAAGAAUUGGAAAGAACUAAGCUGGAGGAUGGGGAACUUGACCAGGUAUGCCAACGGCUCCAGGAACUGAUAAGUGCCCUGCAGCCCCCAAAGGACAUCAUUGAGAGCAUCAGGAAAAUAUUUCCAGGGCACUCUCGUUUGAUCGUCCGUUCAAGCGCCAAUGUUGAGGAUUUAGCUGGCAUGUCCGCGGCUGGGCUAUAUGAUUCAAUUCCGAAUGUGAGCCCUUCUAAUCCAGCUAUCUUUGGUAAUGCUAUCUCCAAAGUGUGGGCUUCUUUGUACACAAGGAGGGCGGUUCUGAGCCGGCAAGCUGCUAAAGUUCCUCAAAAGAAAGCUACAAUGGCAAUUUUAGUGCAAGAAAUGCUUUCACCAGAUUUGUCAUUUGUCCUCCACACACACAGCCCGAUAGACCAUGAUAGCAAUUCUGUGGAGGCCGAGAUAGCUCCAGGACUUGGUGAAACCCUGGCCUCAGGCACCCGGGGCACGCCGUGGCGUCUGUCUUGCAGUAAGUUUGAUGGGGUUGUUAAGACAUUGGCAUUUGGCAACUUUAGCGAGGAGUUAUUGGUCCUCGGAUCAGGUCCUGCUGAUGGGGAGGUGAUUAGAUUAACAGUGGAUUACAGUCAGAAACCAUUGACGACUGACCCAAGCUUCCGGAGACAACUUGGUUGGCGGCUCGGCACGGUCGGUUUUUUCCUCGAGCGAAAGUUUGGCUGUCCACAGGACGUAGAGGGUUGUGUAGUGGGGAAUGACAUUUUUAUAGUCCAAACACGUCCACAGCCUUUCUGAAGGACUCUCUCUCUCUCUCUCACAUCCAAGUCAAUGUAACUAGAGGAUGUAUACCUUCACUGCUUGUUUGUCGAGGUGGAAAAGCAGCUGCAUGCAUAAAACGGAGAACUGCUUUUUACGUACGCGAUGGUGAUAGUCAUUUGGUUCUCUGGGUGCUUUGCUCGAGUCUUAAACGUCAGGCUUAUGUUGCUUGAAGUCGAUAUAUCAUGUCCAAUGUAAACUAUAGCAAGACAAGCAGUGUGAUCACGGUAUAGUUUUUGGUCGAUCCGCCUCGAGAGAACAAAGAACUGCUAUGUUGCUCCUGUUCCCCUGGCAGAACAAAAUUUUCUUGUUUUUGGUGCA